AUGACGACUGCGCCGGGAGCCCCCUCCCUCCCUCCGGCCGGCGGCGCGGGGCGGGCGGCAGAGGCGAGAGGACAGCUGCGCUGCGCGGGAGCCUCAGCCCGGCCGCCGGAGGCUGACUCGGACCGAAGGCAGAGAGAGCCGGCCAGGGGCUGGGGCCUGGAGCGCACGACCCCCCGCCCGAGUCUGCGGGGCAGCACCGACCCGCGGAGCUCAGAGGCAGGGGCGCUGGCUGGCCAGCAAGUGCCGGGAGACCGCCCCUCCGCCCCUGCCACCCAAGAGGCCCGGAGACUGUCCCGGAGCCGGCAAGAGUGGGCAGCAUGGAGGAAUCCUGGAGUCAAGCAAAACCUGGAGAUCCACCACUACUGCACCCUAUAUUCUGAGACGGAGCCCUCCCAGCCUCCCAACGGCAGCUGGCCCCCGAGUCAGAAUGGGAGCGACACUGAGGCCGCCCCGGCUGUGAACCUCACCUUCUCCUCCUACUACCAGCACUCCUCCCCUGUGGCGGCCAUGUUCAUCGUGGCCUACGCACUCAUCUUCCUCCUCUGCAUGGUGGGCAACGCCCUGGUUUGCUUCAUCGUGCUCAAGAACCGGCACAUGCGCACAGUCACCAACAUGUUCAUCCUCAACCUGGCCGUCAGCGACCUGCUGGUGGGCAUCUUCUGCAUGCCCACCACCCUCGUGGACAACCUCAUCACUGGAUGGCCCUUCGACAAUGCCACAUGCAAGAUGAGCGGCUUGGUGCAGGGCAUGUCUGUGUCGGCUUCCGUUUUCACGCUGGUGGCCAUCGCUGUGGAAAGGUUCCGCUGCAUCGUGCACCCUUUCCGCGAGAAGCUGACCCUGCGGAAGGCGCUGGUCACCAUCGCGGUCAUCUGGGCCCUGGCGCUGCUCAUCAUGUGUCCCUCGGCCGUCACUCUGACCGUCACGCGUGAGGAGCACCACUUCAUGGUGGACGCCCGCAACCGCUCCUACCCGCUCUACUCGUGCUGGGAGGCCUGGCCCGAGAAGGGCAUGCGCAAGGUCUACACCACCGUGCUCUUCUCGCACAUCUACCUGGCGCCCCUGGCGCUCAUCGUGGUCAUGUACGCCCGCAUCGCCCGCAAGCUGUGCAAGGCGCCGGGCCCCGCGCAGGACGGCGAGGAGGCGGCGGCGAGCGGCCGGCGCGCGGCGCGGCGCAAGGCGCGGGUGGUGCACAUGCUGGUCAUGGUCGCGCUCUUCUUCACGCUGUCCUGGCUGCCGCUCUGGGCGCUGCUGCUGCUCACCGACUACGGGCAGCUCAGCGCGCCGCAGCUGCACCUGGUCACCGUGUACGCCUUCCCCUUCGCGCACUGGCUGGCCUUCUUCAACAGCAGCGCCAACCCCAUCAUCUACGGCUACUUCAACGAGAACUUCCGCCGCGGCUUCCAGGCCGCCUUCCGCGCCCAGCUCUGCCUGCCGCCCUGGGGGAGCCACCGGCAAGCCUACUCCGAGCGGCCCGGCCGGCUCCUGCGCAGGCGGGUCUUCGUGGAGGUGCAGCCCAGCGACUCCGGCCUGCCCUCUGAGUCGGGCCCCAGCAGCGGGGCCCCCAGGCCCGGCCGCCUCCCGCUGCGACAUGGGCGCGUGGCCCACCAUGGCUUGCCCGCUGAGGGUCCUGGCUGCUCCCAUCUGCCCCUCACCAUGCCGGCCUGGGACAUCUGAGGUGGUCCAG